AUUAAGCGAAGACACUUUCCCAUAAAAAGUCACUCUGCUGUCAGUACCAGCUGAUUUUGUGCUCCGUUUUGAUCCUUUUUUGCACCUUUUCCCUGAUUUUUUUUAUUAAAAAUAUUCAGUUUGUAGUCCCAUUUAUUUUAUAUUAUUCUACAAUUCAUAUUACAUUACACACGAUGGCACUGAGAAUAUCACAGUUCCUUCCGUCUGGACGGCGUUUCUUCAGCACUAAGCUCAAUGAUGUUGUUAUCGUGUCAGCCACAAGGACCCCAAUGGGAAGCUUUCAGAGUGCCCUUGCACCACUGAGCGCCAGUCAGCUUGGGGCUCAGGCAAUUGAGAGCGCCGUGAAGCAAGCUGGCAUUGCCAAGGAGGACGUUGGGGAGGUGAUAAUGGGGAAUGUGGUGAGUGCUGGAAUGGGGCAGGCACCAGCUAGGCAAGCUGCAAUCUUCGCUGGACUUCCCAAGUCAACAAUUUGUACGACAGUUAACAAAGUUUGCUCUUCGGGGCUCAAGAGCGUCAUGAUGGCAUCACAGACACUAGCCCUGGGUCAAGCAGAUGUCAUUGUAGCUGGUGGAAUGGAAUCAAUGUCCAAUGUUCCCUUCUACAUGAAGAGAGGUGAUACUCCAUACGGUGGAAUUAAGUUGAUCGAUGGAAUUGUUCAUGAUGGUCUCUGGGACGUUUACAAUCAAUUCCACAUGGGCAACUGUGCGGAGAAUACAGCCAAGAAAAUGGGUAUCACACGUCAGGAUCAGGAUGCAUAUGCCAUCAAUAGCUACAAGCGUAGUGCAAAUGCGUGGAGCAGUAAAAUUUUGGAUGCUGAAAUUACUCCAGUUAAAGUGCCACAAAAGAAAGGAAAAGAGCCACUGGUGGUAACUGAGGAUGAAGAAUACCGCAGAGUAAAUUUCGAUAAGUUUGGAAAAUUAGCUACUGUAUUUCAAAGGGAUGGAGGUACUGUCACCGCAGGAAAUGCUUCAACACUCAACGAUGGAGGAUCAGCUCUAGUCCUCAUGACUUCUGCUGCAGCUGAAAAGUUCAAGUGCAAACCCCUGGCAAGGAUUGUCGGCUAUCAAGAUGCUGAAACUGAUCCAAUUGACUUUCCGAUCGCUCCAGCACUUGCAAUACCCAAACUUUUGGCAAAGUGUGGAAUUAACAAGGAUGAUGUAGCCAUGUGGGAGAUAAAUGAGGCCUUUUCCGUUGUUGUUCUUGCCAAUAUCCAAAAGCUCAACAUUGAUCCCGAAAAGGUGAACGUUCACGGUGGUGCUGUGUCCCUUGGGCAUCCAAUUGGAAUGUCUGGUGCGAGGAUUGUCACCCACCUUGCGCAUACUCUCAAGCCUGGACAAAUUGGAUGUGCUUCAAUCUGCAACGGUGGCGGUGGAGCUUCUUCCCUACUUGUUGAGAAGCUGCACAGCAAACCUACAGGAAAGCCCAUAGUUACACUUUAUUCAACUAAAGAAUGCACUUUAUGCCAUGAAGUCAUUGAAGAUCUGACACCAUUUAGAGAAAUGAUUGAGCUGGAAGUUGUGGAUAUUAGUCAAAAGGAAAAUGUGAAAUUUCUUAGGCUUUAUCGGUACGAUAUUCCGGUAAUUUUUCUCAAUGGACAGUUUGUGAGUGAACACAGAUUGAAUUUAGAUAUCUUCCGGAGGAGGCUUCAAGAAAUUCUCAAUGAAGAAUAAUUUAAUUCUUAAGGAAUUACAUUUAAUUUUGAGCUGUAAGUAUUUUUAAUAAAAUAUGAAUGACAUUUUUUUAAACUUCCCUUAAUCACCCUGAAGAUGUAAGGAUGGCAGGAUAGGAAACAGAAAUCUAUGCAAGAGGAUGUUGAAUAGAAUAAAUCCUAAGAAUGACUUAAAA